UGAGCUGACUGUGUGUGGGUGACAGGUGAAUGGAAGAUCAUCUUAGUGCGUGCAGCAGAACAGGAUAAUGGAAAAGUACCGGCUACCUCUUCUCCUGCUGUGGCUGACUACAGUAUUUGUAAUGAAUGUAAUAAAUGCUGCAGAGGGUGUUGAAGAAGAUGAACAGCUAAAAAACUUGACCAACAAGGUUCUAGAAGAGAUCCCUUUUAAUGAAAAUUCCACCACUGUAAAAAUACUGGUGAUUAAGGGGAACCUUAUCAGUCUGAGUGAUAAAGACGGACUAGCCCUAACCAGCUAUCCCACACUCGUUGAACUCUACUUGGAUAGUAACCAGGUGACGGUUAUACCAGCCAACUACUUUUCCGUGCUACCAAAACUCAGAGUGCUGUCUCUCGCCAGAAACAACAUCAGCAGCCUGGACCCUGAGGCUUUCUCUGGCCUAAAUGAUUUAACAGCGCUGGACCUUUCCUGCAACCUGCUGACAAGUCUCCCCGCACAGACAUUUAAAGGGCUAAAGAGUCUCAAGACGCUGAACCUACGUGGAAAUCCUUGGAACUGUUCCUGUGCUCUUCUGAGACCCAUUGGAGAGAUAAACGCAGCAAAUGUUACCAUUGAGGAACCAACAGUCAAGUGUGCAUCUCCAGCAGAGCAGGCAGGAAAAAGUCUUCUAGAGGCUACGGCCCUGUGCUCAUCAUCACCUACAUCCACACAACAGCCUUCAAUCCCAGGCCACUCUCAGACCUCAUCUACUGUGCUGAUGACAACAUUGUCAUCAAGUCAGAACAACAGCCUCAAUAAAGACCAAACACCUAUACUCGGCAACACAUGGAAGUUCACAUCCAGCAUCAUAGCCUUGGGACUAACCACCUCCAUGCUCAUUUUAUGCGCCAUCAAGGGCCCUUCCUGGUACAAGCUCUUCCACAACUAUCGACAUCGGCUGCUGAGAGAAGACGAGAGGGAGGACGGCACCGUGCCAUCGUUUUUUUCAGAGGCAGGAGCAUACCCGGCUCAUCAGACAUUCACCUUCACGCAGAACAGACAGACAGAGGAGGAAGACGUGGAUCAGGACGGCUACUUUGAGGAUUCGUAUAUCAAGAGUGAAGAGUAACAUUCAGGAGAAGCGAUUCUAGUGAAACCACAAAGAAGAAAAAUACAACAGUUCAAGAACCAGGGACAAAACCAAGAGGGCUCUCAACCAAAAAGGAAAAUCUGUCACCUGUGUUCUGUGAAGGGACGUCACAGAGGGUCUCUUGUGUGGUACAAUGGAAUAUUAGAUAGGAUAUGUAUAAUAUAUGUCACAUUAGGUGAAUAACAUGAUUAAAUUAACCAGCAAAUUAUUGUCCUACCACUGUAAGAUUGUUGUAAGUUUUUUUUUUAUCAAGUAAUUCUUUUUUCACUAUUUCUAAUUAUCUUCACACAAAAUUCCAAAAAAAAAAAAAAAAAACAUGGAAGGAACAAAAUGAUAAAAUAACAUGACUUACUUUGCUAUAGAUAAGUGCACUGAUGUGAGUCUUUACUCAGCAGAUCCACACUGGUUUGCAUGGCACUACUAAGAAGACCCAGAUCACUGCGUAUGAAAGAGUUUUCCCUUGAGUGACUACUUAAAGCGAUGAGUUAUAAAUUACUAUCAACAAAAAGGCAGGAACAGAUCUAGUAAAUAUAAACAGUACAAGAUUUAAAAUACUUGAUGCAUCUUUAAGGCGUACCAUUGAAAAUAAUCGCAACUUUUGUUAAGAAUACUUUUACUCGUGUGACAGAAAGUUCUUCAGACCACUUAGUUUGUAACAGUAUCAAGGACACUGAUAUUCCUUUUCUUAGUGGACACAGCUGUUGCUUAUUGUUUAAGUUUACAUUCUGUUAUUAUUUUUAUUUUUUUUUACAUUAUUAAUUGGUUCUUGUUGCUUAUUAAUAACUUAUAAUUAUGUUGACAACAUAUCCCUGAAACCAGGGGCUCUGCUUUACAUUGUCAUUUUUAAAACCUUUUGAAA